AUGGCUAGUUCGAGCUCCGUAGCAGGGAAGAUCCUGAAGAGAGCGAAUCCAUCGACGAUACAAGACAAGUUUCUUGUGGGGUAUCAAGGCUGGUUCACCUGUCCAGGAGAUGGAGAGCCAGUUGGCCCAGGGCAUCACGGAUGGCUACACUGGUUCAAUCAUCCAAUACCCGAUGGAGGACGACCCAACACCGAUGUGUGGCCCGACGUCUCUACCUAUUCACCCUCAGAACUCUUCCCAGCUCCCGGUCUCAAGAGGCAGACAGGCGAGCAAGUCUUCCUGUUCUCGUCGCGAAAUCCACAGACGGUGCAGCGGCACUUUCAUUGGAUGGCAGAACACAACGUGGAUGGGGCGUUUCUUCAGCGGUUUGCAGGGCAGUGUGACUUGGAGAGUGGGAACGAGGGCAUUAGGAGGAUACGCGAUGAGGUCGGAGACCGAGUUAGGGAGGCAGCGGAGAAGGAGGGCAGGGUCUUCGCCAUAAUGUACGAUGUCUCGGGCGUACCAGCAGACCGCAUACAACGCGUCCUCGAACAUGACUGGAUGCAUCUUGUCCGCACCAAACGCGUCCUCGACAGUCCUGCGUACCUGCACGAGAAAGGCCGACCAGUUAUCGCUCUCUGGGGCUUCGGGUUCUCCGACGCGGGCCACACACCCGCCCUCGUCCGGUCCGUUACCCAGUUCUUCCGGAACGCGACGCCAGGUGGGGCAUACAUCUUCGGUGGAGCACCGUCGGGCUGGCGCACGGGCGAGGGCGACGCGGACAACGCCCGUGCCGGGCGCGGCUCGGCCUCCGAGUGGCUCGACGUCUGGCUGAACGAGUUCGACGCGAUCUCACCAUGGACUAUCGGGCGGUACAAGGACGACCAGGAGGCGGACGAGUUCGCGGAGCGCAAGAUGAAGGGCGACGUCGAGGUCAUCAAGCGGCGGAACGAGGCGGCGGAGAUGGCGGCCAUGCGCACGGGCGCUAGGCCGAAGAAGGUGGACUACAUCCCGGUCGUGUUCCCCGGGGGAUCGGGAUACAAUUUGUCGGAAGGGAAAUGGGGCUUCAAUGACAUUAAGCGCCGCGGAGGCCGCUUUUUGUGGAAGCAAGUAUUCAAUGCAAAGAGGCUCGGAGUGCGGACGAUGUAUGGAGCGAUGUGGGAUGAGUACGAUGAAGGCACGGCGUUUAUGCCAAUCGUCGAGCACAAGCGCAAUCUCCCCCAAUCCGACAAAUUCCAAUUUUUGGCGCUAGAUGCAGAUGGAUUUGACGUGCCUUCGGACUGGUAUAUGCGCAUAUGUGGCUUCGCAGCUGAAGGUCUUCGGAGCGAACGGCGCGUCCACGAAACGUUCCCGGUCAAGGAGCUACAGGAUUAUUGGUCCUCUCGCCCAAGAUAUGAGGAGAGUGUUGCUACUGGAGGUUCAUCUUCAGCAGAUACCAGUGGAAGCAAGCCCGAUGAAAAUGUAUGGCAAUCGUACGAAGAAUUCUUGGAAGCGGAGAAAAAAAAUAAGCAAGACGAGGCACCACCGCCCCCGUAUACCCUCGAGGCGGAGGAGGUGAGGCCUACUCCAGCCUCCGUUGGUGCAACACCUGCCGCGGUGCAACCACAGACAUCUUCGGUGCCGCCUGCACAGGCGGCUCCGGCCACCACCAUACAACUCGCAAAUUCAGCCCCACAGCCUGCUCCGAUUUCCACUCUGAUCCACAAUCAAGUUCCAUCGACGACUGUGUCCCCUGCGCCUCAAGCUACCGGCCCCUCUGGUCCUGCAACAGCGACCGCACCUCCUCCAGUAAACACGAGCACUUAUCCUGGCUACAACUCUGGCUACAACACGCCUGGUGCACCAGGACCAUCACAACCAUACAAUGCUCCUGCUGUUGAUCAAGCCAACUUCCAACACCAACCUCAAGACCCCGUAGGCGCGCUCGCGAACGACUUAGGAAGGCAGACGAUUUCAGGGCAGGCAGGCGGCCUUGGCGGCCCGGGGUCAACCUACAUACCGUUGUCGGGCGUCUCUCCACCACCUGUGCACCCUACACACCCUGCAGCGGGUAGCUCUGCGUAUGGAAGACAGUCGCGACCUCAGUCUCAGUCGGGACUUCCUGGAGGACACUAUGCGCACGCACACUCAAGACCGCAAUCCCAACAAGGAUAUCCUCCAAUUCCUGGUGGCCCACCGCCGGGACCACCGGGACCUCCAGGACCUGCACCGCCGCCUGUACAUAGUCAAAAUCAACCUUCUCAGUGGCCUCCUGCGGAGUGGGGUGUUGGUCCACAUUCCAGCGCACCUCCGCCUGCUGGGCCUCCGCAAUCAAGCUAUACACCUCGCCCUCCGCCUCCUUCGCAUCCGCAUGUCAGCGGCGCCAAUCUCUCGCGCCCUCAGUCUUUUUCAGCUUCGUCUUACGGCGCUGGUGGUGGUGCAAAUUUAAGACCUAGUGCGAGCCUUCAUUCAACCGGGCCAGCAGCGCCGCGGCCGCCCUCUCGACCUAGUACAGCUGCGUCUAAUCUGAGCACACCUGGUGGUUCCAGCGCCUAUCCUCCUUCAGCGAUCUCUGAGCACCCACCCUCAUCUUACCCCUCGGCUUACCCGCCCCCUUCUAUGAGGCCACCUCAAGCCAGUGGUUCUUCGUAUACGCCUUCUGGACCUGCAUCUACGAUACCUCCGCCAGGAGGCCCUCCUUCUCCUAGUUUCGGCCACGGAUCGACGCCUUAUCCUCAACCUGGAGGUUCAUCGUACACGCCUUCUGUAUCUCCAGGAUUAUCUUUCCUGGCUGGGCCACCGCCAGUGUCGUCGUAUGCCCCUCCUGUCCCAGCGUCGAGCUUCCCAGGACAAAGUGGGUCUAGUUAUCCCAGCCAAACUGGUUCUAGUUACCUUGGCCAAACUGGGUCUAGCUACCCUGGUCAGCAAGGCGGGCCGUCAUUGUAUAACGCCCCUCCUGUCCCCCCUGGCGGCCCAAGUUACGCUCCAUGGUCAGGUGGACCCUCACAUAUUUCCCCACCGCAAAGCCCUCCAGGCCACGCGUUAUCAUUCCCCGGCCAGUCGACUUAUCCCCAACCUCCUCCCGCACGACCAUACGGAGAUAGCGACGUUUCAAACCCACCUCUACUAGGUGGAAUGCCUGGUGGUAGCGGUAAUUCGAGUCCUGCACCGCAGUUCCCUCAAGUGUCCGGCGGAGAUACGAGCUAUUUCGCUGCUGGUGGAGGUGGCAGCAUGGGCAGCAUGCCUGGCGGUUCUUCGAGCUCUGGGUCUUCGUACCCUGGACAGCACGGGCCGUCGUCGACGUCUGCUUUUCCUGGUCAGUACCCACAGCCCUCGCCGGCUCCUUGGGUUCCCUCUGGUCCGGGUGGUUCUUCAACGCCUCCUGCCAUCCCCCCGCGACCUCCUACACAAGGACAAGCAUCGUCGGCGUCAUCGGGCUCCUCCUCUGGGCCUGGCUUCCCGAUGGCAUCGACGGCUGCCUAUGGAUAUGCUAUGAGCGCGGUGGAUAAGGUCGCUGGAAGAAAGACGCGGCAGCAACUCGAGAGCCAGGUCGGGAGUCUUGCGAAGAAUACCACCCUUGGAACGACGAUGCAAGCACCGCAGUACGCACCGCUGCCACCCGACUACUACACCACCGCCGCCCCGCCCGUCCAGCAAAGCCCCAUCGCCGACGCGUAUCUCCCCCCAAAUGCACCGCCAAAUGUUACAAACGGCUUCUCGAGGGGAUCAUCCUUCACUUACCCACAUCAAGACUAUGGCUACCUGGUUGGCCGCGGAGAGUUAGCCUCCCGACUGUGCACUGCGAGUCUUGUGGACAAUACCUUUGACGCCACCGGGCUGGGAUUCGCCGGGAACCCUUCGUCGAGUGGCUCUUUUGGACCGCCCGAGGACAUACCGGCGUACCAGCAGGAGAGUUGGGGCUGGAAUGGGGCCCCUAGCGAGGGAAUCAUCGCGCCUGCACCAGUAUACGCCGCACCCCCGGAGCCUACUUAUUUGGGCGGAAGGGGGGAGGCCCAGCACCCAUCGACCGCGCGCUCCCCCGUCGCCCAGGUCCUGACACCCGCUGCAAUGGCUGUUCUCCUCAAUCCGCACGGUCGAUCGGAAGGGGAUCCUCAUCCUCAGCAGAGCGCGUACGAACCCGCACACGCGGGCCCCGCUAUCGUCGCGCACCCCGCAUCCGCAUCCGUCGCCCCCGCGGCGAGACCACAGGCCAUCCGCCCGGGUGUCGCCACACAGGCCCACGGAACCCUGGACUCCCAAUCGCGGGAGAAGAAACAUGCUUGCACGAUGUGCCAUAAACGAUUCGACCGGCCUAGCACCCUUAGGAAGCACCUGCUGGUACAUACCGGGGAGAAAGCUUUUGUCUGCGACACCUGUGGCCGUCGCUUUGGAGUAGCUUCCAAUCUGAACAGACACGUCAAACGGUGUAUUUUAAAACCCGUGAACACCCCUUCGCCGUCCCAUAAAUCCUCUGCGAGUGGAUCCCCAGCCUCUCUCACCGACUCCCCUGAAGUAUCCACCGCCAUGCCGCCCUCAGACGACUCGCGUCCAGGCAAGCGCCCGCGCAUGCCAAGCUCUCCGGAGGACUCGCCCACCAGCCCGUCUUCGUCGAACGGCCAGGCCGCAUCAAACUCAGCCGACCAAGCUAGGGCCCGACCAACGGGGCAGAAGCGCCGCCGUCGCGCACCUUCGCCAUCCCAGUGGGUCCCCGCGACCCUCCAGAACUUCAACCUCCUCUCCGACGACUCGUACCGCAUAACCCCUGUCCCCCUCCCGCCGGUGCGUCCCAGCCCCCCAAAAGAAGAACGCGACUCCUGGGACGAGAACGUCGGGCAGGCGCCGUACCACCCGUGCGGAUGGAAUGGGAUCCUCCCAGGUCCAGGACUUGGCCAUGGUCUUGGGCUCGGGGGCAAAGACGUGCGCAACCUGAACCUUGGCGGGCGGGGAGGUUUGAUGAUUGGACGUGUCUUGGUUUUUUGA